AUGAGCGAUCGAGUUGCCACGGAGUUACCAUAUUCAUUGGCGAAAGCCGGUGAAAAGGAGAAAUUACACAAAUGUCUUUGUGAUCUGGGACUAUUCCAGAGGCUGAUCAAAAGCGAAGAAGGCAAGUUUGAACUGAUCAAAUUUUGGCAAAUGUUGGGUGACUUCAAUCAAGUUGAUGAUGUUUACAUAAAACAACUUGAAGCCUACAAAGGUGACAAAAUGGACGAUAAAUUCCUCAACUUGACGAAAAGUCUUGGAGAAUUCUUCAUAGAACUUGGACUUUUAGAUGGUGCCAGGGGGAUGGUUUUAGAAUGGCUUCUUCAAAGUCUGGAACAGAAGUACUGCUUGAGUCACGUGACGAUCGUGUACAGUCCGACGAAUUUCUCAUGGAAACGACGUUGUUCUCAUCAGGCGGUGAUUGACUUGCUGGAAUUGCUGGGUCGCGUCUGUACAAAACAGGGAGACCUGGUAUUGGCAAGUAAAUACUACAAAGAAAUGCUCGCAAGAUUAAACAGAAUAAAAAGCGUUACCGAAAAACUUCAGCUUUGCAAGUGUUUGCUCGGCUUGGCUACCGUUUUUUACAUGCAGGGCAAUAUGAAAGAAUCGAAAAAACUUUUACUUCGAGCGCUAGAACAAGCCACUGAAAUCUUGGGACCUGGGCACCAUUACGUGGCAGCCAUUAUUAACAAGUUGGGUCAGUUGUGUUUCCAACAAGGCCGCCUGGACGAAGCCCUCGGCUACUUUCUUCAGGAUUUGAAACUGACUCGAAAUGAGGUUGGCUCCAACCAUCCCAGGAUAGCGUCUAUCCUCAAUGAUAUUGCAUUGGUUUAUGACGAAAAGGGCCAGCAGGAUGCUGACAAGUUCUAUGAGUGUGGACUGGCUCUUUUACUCGGCAUCUACGGAACUGGACAUGUCGAUGUGGCCUUGAUGAGAGGAUUUGCUAUUUUUUUGAUUUAUUUAAAAUCUGUCUGUCGAUUCGUUCAUCUAUCUAUCUAUCUAUCUAUCUAUCUCUAUCUAUCUAUCUAUCUAUCUAUCUAUCUAUCUGUCAUGGCAAUCUAUCUAUCUAUCUAUCUAUCUAUCUAUCUAUCUAUCUCAGUCUGUUUAUCUAUCUAUCUAUCUAUCUAUGUCAGUCUGUUCCUAUCCAUUUGUCUUUGA